AUCCUGUUUGGUAGAAUUAGUCGCUUUGGGAAGCAGACGGUUGGCUUGUGUACAGCUUAUCGCUUUCGGAAGCCACAGGACAGUGAAACUAAGGAUUAUUAUUACUAUGUGAACUCAGACAGCGUCGUAAUAGUCACACAUUCCGAAAGCUGGGAGUAGAGAACAGACUCGGGAUUAUAGGUCCAAGAAAAGAUUACACCAUGACCCAUCAGUAUCCCAGUUGAGAAAUUCAAGUAAUACAGUAAGAGUUUUUUUCUGAGAAAAUCCAGCAAACAUUACCACCUGACGUCUUCCUUUCCAUGGCGAAAUGAGUGACGUAGGGAUAGCCCUUCUGGUUCUCGGGAUUUGCAUGGUGGCGGCGGUGGUGAUCGCUAUUUUAAUUCGUCUUUUCGGGAUUUACAAUUUCACGUCCUGUUUUGCCACGGGGGAAGAGAAAGCAGUAUUAACUCAGCAUGAACAGUACAACGGAUACAUGGUCAACUCCGAGUCGGACUUUGUUUUGGACACCAGCGGGAAGUUUGUACAGUACGAUACCAUCCAAUCUGACCCAAACUACGCACAAACAGAAACCUACUCACCACCUCGCAGUUAUUCUCCUCCGCGACAAGAAGAAAGUGCAAGAAGCAGCCCUGUGUCCGUCGCCUCAGAAGUAGAGAUUCCCCAUACAAUACGGAGAGCAGAGUCAUGUGACAGUGUAGCCUCAGACUCCUCGGUACUGGAGAUGCAGCCGGACAUGCCCAAGAUUGGCCAACUGGAAUUCGCAUUAGAAUACGACAGAGAGGUAUCCGAGCUCGUGGUCAGCAUCAUACAAGCACGUGACCUGACAGCAAACCAGUACUCAGGAACACUGGACACCUACAUCCGGGGAAUCAUGCAGCCAGACACAGACGCCAAGUUACAAACAAAGAUUCAGAAGAACUCAACAGACCCCGUAUUUAAGGAAAGGUUCUUGUUCGGAGUGGAGCCUGAGGACUUGGACAGCAGGACUAUUCUGUUCCAGGUUUUCUCCGUAGACAAGUAUGCUCGUCACAAGGUCAUAGGGGAGUCGGAAAUCAGAGUCGGGGACAUUGACCUUCGUAUCCCUAUCAAAAUGUGGCUCAACCUCCGUGAUAUCGACGAGAAACCUACCGAAUACGGCGACAUCAUGUUCUCCCUGAGUUAUCUCCCCACUGCUCAACGUCUAACCGUGGUUGUGGUCAAGGCUAGGAACCUCAAAUGGUGUGACAACAAAGAUUCCGGGGAUACGUUUGUGAAGGUUUACCUCCUCCAGAACGGGAGGAAAGUAAGUAAGAAGAAGACAUCGGUGAAGAGACGAGAGCGACACCCGACGUUUAACGAGGCUAUGAUCUUCUCCGUACCCGCCACGGCCUUACCUACUGUCCAGCUUCGGAUUACCGUGUCUGAGGUAAUUCCUGAGAGUCGCACGCCAUCUCUCGGUCACAUCAUAGUCGGAGCGAACACUUCCGGUACAGAACUGUCUCAUUGGAAUCAAAUGAUGACGUCAUUGAGGAAACCUAUUGCUAUGUGGCAUUAUCUAAGAAAAUGAUGUUUGACGUUAUAAGGGACUCUAUCUCUGACGGGGAAAUAAUUCAAACAAAAUCAAUAUUUCCUCAUAAAGAUAAACCGUUCAAUGUGUAUCCACUAUCUGGUCAUGGUGUUUAAAAAGUGACUGUAUUUCUCGUUUGCUAAUUUUUAAAUUUCCAAAGUUGAAAUUGGAAUUGCUGAGCUGGUUCAUGAUGAGUUUGAUAACGUCUAGGAUGAACUAUUUAGUUUCAGCAUUUUUUUUAGAAAUUUGAAAAGCUGUACUCAAUUUGGUACAUGUAUAUGACUUUUUGGGUAACCAAACAUCAUGUUUCAUCCCUCACGACAUCCUUUAUAACUUCAUCUGUUGUCGCUCAGUUUGAAGUAACUUCCAUUGCAUUGUCUGUAAUGAUAGCUACGUACGCUGUAUGCUAUAGACCGCCAUCUAUUUAAGCUUGCUUCGCACGGGUGCUACACACUAAUAACAUGUUUGUUUAUCAUUCCAAUUGAAAGUAUGUAAGAAUGACAACCAGUUUCUACGUACACUGUGUACAAUAUCUGCCAGACAGUAUCAUAAACUGUUGUAAGCUAUGGACAUUAUUCCACUCAACUACAAAACAAUUUUGUCAAGAUAUUGCGUGUUUAAGCUGCAGAGCAUACUGCCCAUUUCAGCAUUCAUUUUGUCCAUAUGUAGUCUCUAGCAUAUUAGGGUGUGGUACAGGUAAUGGCAGUACAAAUGGAAAGUAGUGUAAACAAGUUAUAUUUAUUUCCCUUCUUUCUGUAUAUAUACUUAUAGAUUUACAACUUUGACUUAGUGUACAGUAGUUGAUUUUUACUUACAUAUAUGUUUUCCCAAAUAUUGCAUAAUUAUGUUUACAGCCUGUUUACCUCUGUAUAGUAUUUUCCGGAGCAUCAUUCAAUAUAACUUGAAUGUAGAAUAAUCAAAAGUUUAAAGUUGAUAUGCAAAAUUGCUUUCAAUAGAAAAUAAAUUUCUCUCUUCACAGCUAAAAUUUCCGAAUAUAAAUGUGGCCAUCAAUGUUGUUACUACGAACGGCGUGACAUAUGCGGUUGGUGAACGAUAAAAAAUUGACAUAUAUAUAUAUAUAUACAUGUAUAUGUAAACAUUAAUUAAAUCUAAUCUCAUUCAUGAGCAAAAACCUGGAAUUACUCGGAUCAUCAAACGAACGUGUGUAGUCGGUGAUUACAGGGAUAUUGUUUCGAUAUGGAACAUUUUGUACCUCCAAAAUAUUGUGUUAGAGUUUCUGAUAACUUGUGUAUGACAUAUGAUACAUACAGUUCCUGGUAGCUUGUAAAUAACAUUUAUAUAAAGUUCCCGGUAACUUGUGGAUAGCAUUUAUGAUUCCUGGAAUUACUGGUAUAACCGUCCUGUCAGGUUAACCAAAAUAAACUCCACCAAUUGUUGUGUGGCUAUGACUUGUCUCGAUAUGACAUCUGUUGUUGAUAUUGUUUUCAGGGUAUGUUGUUUGAAUUUCGUCUCUUUUCCAUUAAUGUUUUGUUGACUUUUUAAAAGUUUAAGUAAUACAAAUCUGUGAUUUAUCAUUAUAUUGUUUGUAAAUGUGUAUAGGAAUAUAUGUAUUUGAAAUUAUUUUUGAAGGAAAGAAUGAACUUAUAUGUUGAAUGGAACCAAUGUCAUUAAAGUAGGUCAGUGUGACCAACAUAAAAAA